AUGGCUGGUCCUUUACUUAGUUCUACAGAAAAAAUAUUUAUCCUGCACGGUGUUCAAAAUGACUACAGAUCAGAUGGUAGAUCUAAUAUUGACUAUAGACCAAUGGAAUUGGAAACUGAUGUAGUCAGUCAUGCAAGUGGUUCUGCAAGAUUACGGCUAGCUAACACAGAUAUCUUAGUUGGUGUUAAAACAGAAAUUGAUGUACCAAAACCAGAUAACCCUGGAAAGGGCAAAAUAGAAUUCUUUGUUGACUGUUCUGCUAAUGCUACACCUGAGUUUGAAGGGAGAGGAGGGGAGCAGUUAGCAAAUAGUAUAUCCAACAUGAUGCAGCGAGCUUACCACACUUCACAGGCCUUUAAUUUGAAACAACUUUGUAUAUUUGAAGGCAAACAGUGUUGGAAAUUAUAUGUUGAUAUUUUAAUUUUAGAAUGUGGAGGUAAUUUGUGUGAUGCAGUAUCCCUUGCAGUGAAGGCCGCAUUAUUUAACACUAGAUUACCUUUUGUCAAAGCAGCACUUAUGGAUGGAGGCAAUGUUGACUUACAAUUGUCGGAUGACCCAUAUGACAGUAAACAGUUGGAUAUUGGGUGUGCUCCACUUCUGGUCACUUUAUGUAAAAUAGGGGACAAAUGUGUUGUAGAUCCAUCUGCUGAAGAAGAAAGUUGUAGUGUUAUAUCUCUUGUUGUUGGUGUAACGGGAAAUCCUAAAUUCUACUGCACUGAAGACACAACAAACAUUCUUAAUGUUGAAUGUAAAUGUAGUACAAUCGGUAUGAACGGUCCCGGUAGUGUUGCGCCUAAAACACUAAAAGAUGCCAUCAAUCAGGGCAUAAUUGCAGCAAAAUGCUUAGAUGAAGCACUUGGCAAAGCUCUUUUAAGAGAACGACAGGAAACUAUUGUUAUGAAAAAACAUUCGUAUGGCUUUCUCAAAUAA